AUGGAUGAAGUGACUAGCAAAAUCCUGCUGCUCGGGGACGAGCAAGUAGGGAAAACGACCUUCCUCUCACGAAUCAGCGGGGGCAGUAGCGCGCUCGAAGGCCACGCUUCCGUCACCCUGUUGCGCGAUGAAGACCAGCCCUUUAUUUUCGAGCUACGGAAUCGGAGGCGCACCUAUCGUCUCGAGUUCUACGACACGUCCUAUCCGGGAGAUUGGCGGCUGCUGCAGCCGGAUCUCGUCUUGAUAUGCUACGACAUCAGCCAGCGGCUAAGCCUCAUCAACAUGACUAGAACCUGGAUCAAGCAGGUCCAUGCCACAUUCCAAACGAGCGAUGACCUCCCGGUCAUCGUGGUCGGGUUCAAGAGGGACCUACGGCCCGAAUCCGAUCCCACCGGCACCAUAUACCCCGCCGAGGGGCAUAUGGUGGCGCAGGAGAUGAGGGCCGAUAAAUACGUCGAGUGUUCGGCCGUCACCGGCGAGCUUCUGAAGCUCGCCUUCGAGGAAAUCUGCAACACGGCGGCGAAGACAGCGACGGCCAACGGCGGGCAGAGCGACGGUGGAUGCAUUGCAUCGUAA